AUGACUACCAUCGAAAGUCUUCUGCAAAGGAACAAGGCCACUGAGCAUGUUCCUCUUCCUUACAUCUCCGAGUUGAGCACUCUUGGAGCUCCUCCUAUUCGUACUCUGAUCGUUACCUGUGCCGACCCUCGCGUCUGCCCAGAGAAGUGGUUCAACCUCAAUCCAGGAGAGGUUAUUAUUCAUCGCAAUGCUGGCGGCAACGUUCAGCAUGCUUUCCGGGACAUCAGCGUCCUGGACAGCCUCUUUACCAUCGAUGAAAUCGCCGUCAUCCACCACACCGACUGUGGCACCCUCCACUUCAAGGAGGAGCAGGUCCGCGACUAUGUGAAGAAGCAAACCGACGAGACUCACUGGGCUGAAGUUGACAAGAUGGUCUUCGGCGCAAAUGCGGACAUCGAGAAGAGUGUCAAAGAGGAUCUUGCAUGGGUUCGCGCCCAUCCCAUGAUCAGAGAGCAGCUGAAGGGAGGAUGCCAAGGAUUUAUCUUUGACAUCAAGACUGGCGAACUGAAGAAAGUUGGUACUGCCUGA